UAUGAACCAAGAAUCAACCAUGAUGUCCAUCUACUAUUGUUCUAUCACAUUUCUCAUCUGCCACUUCACUCUCAAGCUUCUUCUUCACAGAAGGAGAUUUAGAAACAUCCCUCCAACACCGCCCGGUCUUCCGGUGAUCGGCAACCUCCACCAACUCAAGAAGCCACUCCAUCACCAAUUACAUUGCCUCUCCCAGCGCUAUGGUAAAAUAUUUUCCCUCUGGUUUGGCUCUCGUUUGUUUAUGGUUGUCACUUCGCUUUCUACUUUUCAAGAAUGCUUUACUACAAAUGAUAUCACAUUUGCAAACCGACCCCGGCUAAUCGACGGAAAGUACAUCGGUUACAACUACACCUCCAUAUCAUUCACCAGCUAUGGCGACCAUUGGCGUAACCUCCGACGCAUCAUGAUGGUUGAGAUCCUCUCAACGCAUCGUCUCAACAAUUUCUUGGAAACAAGAACAGACGAGAUGAGGAGGCUUGCACGAAAGCUUGCCCAUGAUUCCUGCAACGGCUUUGUCAAGGUGGAGCUGAAAUCAAAGUUUUCAGAGAUGACAUUUAACAACAUAAUGAGAAUGAUAUCUGGGAAAAGAUACUUGGGAGAUGACAUUGAUGCUGCAGAUAUGGAAGAGGCAAGGAAGUUCCAAAAUAUCGUAAAUGAAAUUCCGAGGUUAGGAGGGGCAGGCAAUGCUGGACAGUUUUUACCCAUAUUGAGGUGGAUUGAUUAUGAUAACUCGGAGAAAAGGCUUAAGAGUUUUGCCGAUAAUGUCGAUGAGUUUUUGCAGGGUCUCAUUGAUCGACAUCGAAAUGCAGGCCAUACUACAAAUACUAUGAUUGAUCAUCUAUUGGAUUUACAAGAAUCAAAUCCAGAGUACUACGCGGACCAAAUCAUCAAGGGGUUGAUUUCGGUUAUGAUCGUUGCUGGAACAAACACAUCGGCCAUUGCUUUAGAAUGGGCAAUGUCCAAUUUAUUAAAUAACCCUGAGGUGUUGAAAAAGGCACAAAAAGAAAUGGACACACACAUAGGACAAGGACGUCUAAUAGAGGAGCAAGAUGUUUCAAAACUGCCAUACUUGCAAAAUAUCAUCUAUGAAACACUUCGGUUGCACCCUCCAGCACCGCUGUUGGUUCCCCGUGAGUCUUCAGAUGAUUGCACCGUUGGAGGAUACAAUGUCCCUCGUGGAACUAUAGUUUUAGCCAACAUUUGGGCCAUCCACAGAGAUCCCCAGUUAUGGAACGAUCCAGCGAGUUUCAAGCCCGAAAGGUUUGAGAAAGAAGGGGAAGCUAACAAAUUAAUUCCAUUUGGGAUUGGAAGACGAGCAUGUCCUGGAGCAGGUUUAGCUCAACGAACAGUGGGCGUGACUUUAGGUUUGUUAAUUCAAUGCUUUGACUGGGAGCGAAUAAGUGAGGACAAAAUUGAUAUGACUGAAGGAUCAGGAGCCACCUUGCCAAAGGUUAUUCCUUUAGUGGCCAAGUGUAAAGCACGCCAUCCAAUCAUCAACAGGAUACUUUCAAGGAGCAUUGCUGAUGAUGAUGGCCAGACGAGACAAUGAUACUGGGGCGUGAAACAAUGGGUACCCAGUGAUGCCAAGUCGCAAGUUUCAAGUUUUCAUAUCUUAGCUUGUUUCUUAUGUAAAUGCAGGGUUCUUGCUUAUAGCUUCCUAAUGAUUUACAUGCGACUUGUUCAAUAAAUAUGCAUUUUAGAAA